AUGCACAAGAGUUGUAUGUCUCAGUUGCGGCGUCAAAGUCUCAGGUUCUCGUCGUCCUGGAUGCCACCCUCCUACUUUAAUGCCCCCCCUGCACCCUCCCCCUUCACACAGCGAGUCCCUCAGCAACAACCUGCCUCCGGCUUCCGAAGACAGUAUUUCGAAGUCGCUUUAGUCAUCGCUGUGACGUGUUUGACUUAUUUCGCAGUAGAUAACUAUAUUGCCCGUAUUGAUGCCCAAGAAAAGUCUGAGAAGCUCAUCAUGGAGUCACAGCGAAUGCAAGACCUCCUCACCCGCCAGCUCUCUGCCGCAAGAAAGAAGAGAGAACUACAAAUCCUAAAUGAACGCAAAAACAACCAAAUAAGACAGAUGAAACUACAACUCCACAUUGCCAUGCUCCGCAAGCAGCUACUCGACAACAAUGUCCAGCCCAUCCGUAUCCAAGAAGUCGUACAUGAUUAUGAGCGCUACGUCAGAAUGGAAAAUAGUAUCAGUAACGUCAGCGGCACUUCUUUGUGGGUAACUGAUGACUCGCCGUUCAAGGCGCAUGUGCCGAACGUUCGAGAGUAUGAUUCCAUCACUGAGAAUAGAAAACAAUAG